AUGCAUCGCACCAUGGAGCUUUGCGAAAAUUACGAGUACGAGCAAGUCGCCGACAACGCCACCGGCAACUCAAGAGACCCAAAAUCCACCGACGCCACGUCCCAGGUGCCCCAUGCAUUUUCUGACGCUCUCGAGUAUAAAGUCAAGACGAACAUGAUCAACACAAUGUUAGAUUGGGACACAGACAGCGAGUAUGAUGACGAAAAGGGAUUCUCUGAGACCGAGAACGAUGGUCUUUGGGACUCGGAUUGCGAGAGUGAACUUUCCGACGACAUGGACUAUUUGAUGCAAAGUCACGACGAGGAGUUGCCCUUCCUUGCUCGCAAUGUGUCUGCAUAUCUGGGGGAUUCUGAUAGUAUGAUGUCAAAUGACGAGAGUGAGAGUGAGAGUGAGAGCGAAGAGGAGGAGGAGGAGCCGCCAUUUCUUGGGCCUGAGGAUUGCCUCUCGCCAGAUGAGCGGACGGAGGUUAUUGGGGCUGCAAAGAAGGUGGUAUAUGCUCGUCACAUGUUUCUGGGCCAGUAA